CCCGAUCGCAGCAACAGUUUCGCCGACACGAUGAUCCCGGGCACCAUGAUGCGCCGGGGGUCGUCGAACUCGCCUCGGCGGUCGCCCAGCAGAGGCCAGCGCGACUCGUCGAGCAAGGGCCGCCACGAAGGCCCGAGCAAGGGCCGCCACGACGACGUCCCGUUCCGCCAGGCGACGACCGCGAUCUCGUCGCGCCGGGUGCCGCCGAUGCUCUCGCGGGCCAAUUUGCGGCUGCCGCUCACCAACCAGUCGGCGCGGUCGCUCGAGAAGGGCCGGCUGUCAUCCCGCACGCGGUCGGACAAGGCGAGCAAGCUCCUCGGCGCCGACAAGCCCACGGGCAGUAUGGAGACGCAUCGGAAGCGACACAAGCGGCCGUCGCACGCGGCCGAGUACGACAAGCGGUUCCGCGAUACGCAGAUCUUAGAAGGUGCGAGCAAGUUUGAAGACCACGAGUACGAGUGGGAGAACUACCUCCUCGGCAGCUUCAUUGGCGUCGCAAACGAGGUCAUUGCGCUCCGGAAGAAGCAAAAAGCGCAGCUCGUCAAGUACGUCGUCUUGCCCGACAGCCAGUUUCGGAAACUCUGGGACGCGGUCCUUAUCGUGUCCUUGUCGUACGUGGCGAUCUUUCUGCCGCUCCAGCUCUCGUUCCUGAGCGACCUCAUGACAUACGAAGACCUGAGCAACUGGGCGCCCUUCUUCGCCGUCGACCGCCUCACGGACGCUAUUUUUUUCACGGACAUUUUCAUCAAUUUCCGGACGCCGCACACCACACCGAAGGGCGACUUGGAGUUUGACGCAAAAAUGCGGGCGCGCGAGUACCUCUCGACGUGGUUCCCGAUCGACUUUAUCUCGAUCGUGCCCUUUGACUACUUUGCGACCUUUUUACCGUCGGGCGGCGGCAACUCGAACCUCCUCAAGCUGCCACGGCUCCUUCGCAUGUUCCGCCUCACAAAGAUCCUCAAGAUCGUCGUCGCGAGUCGCAUUUUCCAGCGCUACGAAAUGCGCAUCUCGAUCAAGUACGGCUGGAUUCGCCUCAUCAAGUUUGCCGCUGGCAUCCUCCUCCUCACCCACUGGAUGGCUUGCUUUGUGUACUUGGUCGCGAUCAUGACAGCCCCGCAAGCCACGUGGUUGAGCACCGCCAACCUUGUUGGAAGCAUCUCGCCCGAGCACUACAUCGGCGACGCCUACAUUGCGGCCGUCUACUGGGCUGCGAUGACCAUCACUACGAUCGGGUACGGCGAUAUCUACCCGGCCAACUCGACGGAGCGCGCCUUGUUUGUCAUAAUGAUGUUUCUCGGUGCGUGCGUCUACGCGUACGUCGUCGGUACCAUGUGCCAGCUCGUCGAAGGCCUCAACGUCAACACGCUCGAGUUCCAGCGCCGCAUGGACGAAGUCAAUGAUUUUUUGGACGUCAACAACAUUCCGCAGAACCUCCGCAUCCGCAUUCGAAAGUACCUUCUGUACAAGCGCGACGCCAAGAUUGGCGACAUUGCCGAAGUCCUCCACUCGAUGAGUCCUGCGAUCCGCGAUGAAGUCGCGCUCUUCAAGUUCCAGCACAUUUUGAGCUCGGUGCAUCAGUUUCGAGGCGCGCCCCAAGACUUUUUAGCUGCGAUCGCACUCCGCCUCCAAAUGAUUGUCUACCCGCCCAACGAGAUGAUCAUGGUGUUUGGCCGCAUUGGCACGUCCAUGUACAUCAUCAACCGCGGCCGCUGCCAGGUCGAGCGCAUGGCGAGCGACGGCCGCAUCGUCGUCGUCAACGUGCUCCACGAAGGCGCAUACUUUGGCGAGCGCGGUCUCCUCUUCUCGGCCAAGCGCCGGGCGUCCGUGCGCGCGCUUUGCUUUGUCGAAGUGAGCUGCCUCACGCGCUCGGCGCUUGAAGAUGUCACCAACAACUUUCCAUCCGUGCGCCGCAUCAUCCGCAAGAGCAUGGUGCGCGACGUGGUCGCCAGGAGCCUCGCGACCGGUGAGCUCGUCGCACUGGGACAGGACCCGGUGUUUCUCCAGCGACACAACCAGCUGCGGGAGCAGCUUGCGCAGCGCCAUCGGCACAACAACAAGAAUGCCGCGUCUGGGCCCACGACGCCCGUUGCAGCCACACACGACAUGAGCGCUGCACCACCGAGUGACCCAGUGCCACCGAGCGAACCGUCAGUGCCGAGCGAGACAGUGCAAAUCGCGUCGACGACCGAGACACCGCCAUGCACGACGGAAGCAGACAGGAAGGACCAAGCAAUCGAAGAAGCCAGGUCGUCUCCGGUGGUGCGUCACCACCGAGGGUCCCUGCUUUACACAGACACGCGCGAGUCGGUGCUGUCCUUAGAGACGCCUUUGCGCCAUGACAGCGACGUGGCGUUUCGGGGCGAGAAGGUCGACGAGCUCGCCAUGCCAGCGGUCGCGCACCUGCUCAAACGGCGAACGCAGAGCGUGCGCUCGAGCUUGGCCAAGGUGACGCCGAUCCUCCCCAAGCCGGCGCAUAAAGAAGUGUCCAAGAAGGACGCAAAGCAACUCACGAUCGCGGUCAAGCCGACGCGCGAGGAUGCGGCCGAGCGACUUCGAGUGCUGGAGCCGCCAGCGCACCUCCACGUUGUUGAGCCGUCGCCCAUGUUGGACGAUGGUCCAAGGGACCUCUCGCUUCUGCGCAAAUUGAGCACGGAGCAGCAGCGUCUGCGCCGAAGCAGUAUCGAGUCCAUCCUCAGCCACGUCGACUCGAGUGCCGCCGAGCAAGACGAGGAUGAGGACGAAGACGAGGACGACAGCUUUGACGACGACAGGCCCAGCAACGACACCUCAAGAUCGCGCCUGGCUCAGUAUCCGGCGCAGCUGGCCGCGUAUCCGGAUGAUGCGUGGAACGAGCGGUGGUCCCGUCCAUUUUCCGACUUCACCGACAAGAUGCAACGCAGCACGGGCUUGGGCGUCGGCGUGGGCCUCCUCUCGCUGGGCAUGUACGCGGUGCGCGCGCGCCGAGGCCUCUACAAGACGGCGCUGGACCAGGCGAAGCGCACACCGCCGGUGCUGGCCAAGAAGCCGCACAUGGUGCCCUUUGGCAACGUGCUGGGCGAGAACCGCGGCGAGAACCCGAUGGACCCGAUCUUGUACAUUGAGGACCCGUACUACUACGUCCGCGACGACACGCGCAAGAACAAGGAGGUCAUUGCGCACCUCGAGCAAGAGAACGCGUACACGGAGCACAUGACGAGCCACUUGACGAACGCGCGUGAGAACUUGUACCACGAGCUGCUCUCGCACGUGCAAGAGACGGACGCCGCGUACCCGUACCCGCACGGCGACUACCUCUACUACACGCGCACCGAGAAGGGCAGCAGCUACACGUACCACUGCCGCAAGGGCCGCAACGACCCGAACGCUGUCGAGGAGCUUAUCCUGGACGAGAACGAGCUCGCCAAGGGCCAGAGCCACUGCGACGUGGGUGCUGUCUCUGUGAGCCCCGACCACCAGUUCCUCGCGUACAGCGUCGACUUCAACGGCUACGAGACGUACCAAGGCUUUGUCAAGAACCUUCGGACGGGUGAGAUCCUCGCCGACCGCAUCGAGAACGUCUCGGGCGGCCUCGUGUGGGGCAGCGACGCGACGACGCUCUACUACUCGACGAUGGACGACGCGCACCGCCAGGACAAGAUCUGGCGCCACACGGUGGGCGCAACAGCCAAGGACGAGCUCUUGUACACGGAGAACGACCCGCUCUUCUCGGCGUACAUGGGCAAGACGCGCAGCGGCCGGUACCUUCUCUUGCAGUCGUCGAGCAGCGAGACGUCCGAGGUGUCGUUCAUCGACUUGAAGGCGCCGGAGAAGGGCGUGACGCUCGUCGAGAAGCGCGUCAAGGGCGUCGACUACGCCGUCGACCACCACGGCUCGAGCUUCUUUAUCGAGACCAACAAGGACGGCGCAGUCAACUUCAAGCUCAUGAUGACAGACGUGUCGACGCCGUCGGCCGCGCACUGGAAGGACGUCUUCCCGUACGACCCGUCGGUCAAGGUCGAUGGCGUCGACUGCUUUGAGACGUUUCUGGUGCUCCAUGGCCGCCAGAACGGCUUCACGCAGCGCUGGAUCCUCACGCCCGACGGCGAGAGCUUCACCAAGACGCGCAUGGUGUUCUCGGACCCGAUCUACACGAUCAGCGGCGCGCCCAACAAGGAGUACAGCACGAAGACGUACCGCCUCACGUACUCGUCGCCGACGACGCCGUACACAACGUACGACUAUGACAUUGCGACGCAGAAGAUGACGCUGCUCAAGGAGCGCCCGGUGCCCAACUACGACCGGUCGCUCUACGCGUGCGAGCGCAUCGAGGCGGCGGCCGAGGACGGCACCAAGAUCCCCAUGUCGCUCGUGUACCGCAAGGACAAGCGCACGCCCGGGACGCCGCAGCCGUUGCACUUGUACGGGUAUGGCUCGUACGAGAUCUGCAUCGACCCGACGUUCACAGCGACGACGCUGCCGCUGCUCGACCGUGGCGUCAUCUACGUCAUUGCGCACAUUCGUGGCGGCGGCGAGAUGGGCCGCACGUGGUACGAAGACGCCAAGUACCUCACCAAGGCCAAGACGUUCUCCGACUUUGUCAACUGCGCCGAGCACCUCGUCAAGACCGAGAUGACGCGCCCGGCGCUUCUGACGUGCGAAGGCCGGUCGGCGGGCGGUCUCCUCAUGGGCGCCGUCCUCAACAUGCGCCCGGACCUCUUCCAGGCCGCGAUUGCCGGCGUCCCGUUCGUCGACGUGAUGAACACGAUGAGCGACGCGACGAUUCCGCUCACGACGGGCGAGUGGGAAGAGUGGGGCAACCCGAACGAGUCCAAGUACUUUUCGUACAUGCUCAGCUACUCGCCGUACGAGAACGUCAAGGCGCAGGCGUACCCCAACAUGCUCGUGACGUCGGGCCUCUUUGACCCGCGCGUCGCGUAUUGGGAGCCGACCAAGUGGGUCGCGCGCCUCCGUGAGCGCAAGACGGACAGCAACAACGUGCUCCUCAAGAUGGAUUUGACGUCCGGCCACUUUAGCGCCAGCGACCGCUACCACUACCUGCGCGAGAAGGCCUUUGACUUGAGCUACCUCCUCGACCAAGUCCAGUGCUUGACUGCUGACGACCACAAGGCGCCCGCCAAGAAGGACUAGGACAACGAAACCUCGUGAAAAUGCAUGUAUUGUACUUGCGAGCAGACUACGAUCUUA